GUCGGUGUCGAGGCUGUGAGCUCGCGCUGGCUAUGGCGAAAGCGGUCUUGGGUGUCACGUCUUUUCCUGCUUGCUUGUAGUAUUCUUCGCUCCCCGAGCGUUGCCCGACUACGAGAGCGCAGAGAGCACAGUGAGUGUGCAGGCAGGAGCUAGGAUUUGCAACUGUUUGAUCGUGUUGCGAGGUGGAGGAAAAGUUGGUAGAGGGUUUGUGGAUUUAGGGUUUGGGGGGAGGUUGGAAGCAAGGCAGCGACAGUGGCGACCGACGGGAUUCCGCCCCAGAUUGGGGCGACGCUGGCAGGAUGGAGGAGUGCCCUCCAGGGGAAGAUGCAGGUGGUGCAAGGGAAGGUGCAGGAGCUGAACAUCCAGGGGAAGAUCCAGGAUCUCAACCUGCAGGGGAAAGUUCAGGAGCUUUUCAACCGGGAGCCGGCGAGCUCCGCGGAGCCCAUGAAUGCGCAAUCGGGUGGUGUCUUGUCUGCUUGGAACUCGUAUGCCGCGCGGUCGCAGCCGGAGCCUGCCGGCCAGGGUGCCACUGGGCGAGAUCUGGAGUCUGGGGUAUCGGAGACCCUCGCGCCGUUGCUUAAGUCGGCCAAUUCCAGCAUCGUGGGUGCUUUUAAUUCAGUCACGAAAGGAGUGCGUGAGCUGCCUGCAAAUGUGCAGUCUGCUACCCAAUUUGUGCCGUCUAGGCAGGCGUUGACUGCUUUUGCCAUAAUGAUAGCGGCGGGGGUGUUCUUUAUAUUUAUGGCAUUUUUCAUGUUCCUGCCCAUCAUUGUCCUGGUUCCCCAAAAGUUUGCUAUCGCUUUCACUAUCGGCUGUAUUUUUAUAGUCGGUUCCUUCUUCGCGCUUAAAGGACCGAAAGCCCAGUUUUUUCAUAUGAUUUCCAAAGAGAGAUUGCCGUUUACAGCAGGAUUUAUUGGAAGCAUGGCAGCUACAAUAUAUGUGUCUAUGGUCCUCCACAGCUACAUACUGUCUGUGUUCUUUGCUGUUAUUCAGGUGCUUGCAUUGUUGUAUUACCUACUGUCUUACUUCCCUGGAGGAACCGCUGGCAUGCAAUUUUUGACUUCGAUGAUCGUGUCUUCAAUCACGAAGUGCUUUGGUAGGUCUUAGUUUGAAUUCAACCUCUUCUCAAAUAAAAAUCCGCGAUUCUAUUUCCUAGCUUUUCAGCCUCUACAUCGAGGAGCUAUUCAGCUCGACCCUAGUCUUGAAUCCUGGAUUUUAAUGUUUGAAGUGAAGUGAUCUCAAUGAUACAUUCAAGUUUACUUUGUACUUGAAACUGCUCGGUAUUGCGCGGGAAUGCCCUGUCCGCCUGCAAUUGCAUCUCUGUAUAGUCUGAAACGUAUCAUAUUAUGCCGUGAUACUUGAAAUUAGUAUGAGCUCUUUAGGGUUAUUGGAGUUGUUGAAACCAUAGAGUAUUUUUAUGGUGACUGCUUAAUAAAGGCUCAUGUCUUUAGGAGGUGUAGCUUUGUCAAGAAUAUAUUGUAAUUCUAAAAACCGGCAUAUGUAUACGACAAAAUCCAUCUUAAUUCCAGGAUUGUGGCGCAGUGUCUUUCUUCAUUCA